GAUCCUGGCGAGAGGGGCCUGUCAUCCUAAGAGGGGAGGCUGCGGGUAGAGGGGGAUGAGCGACGGGCGCUGUUUGACGCUGUUACCUGGUGUUACGUGUCGCAGAAGCACCAACCGGUCAGUCAGUGUACCGUCUCGUUCCUGCCCUUGAACAACGUCUGCUGUUCGACAGUGUCCGCGCCUGCCUGCGCCCUAGAAACUGCACGCGUCAACUGACAGAUCAAGAAAUAUAAGUCAUGUCGAGUCCGUCGUUGAAAGACCUGCCCAAAGUAGCUCUAGACCUGAAAAGCGAAUUGGAAGGUUUCAAUCAUGGCUGCAUGAAGAAAGCCGCUACUGCCGAGAAGAACGUUUUACCCUCCGCCGAAGACGUGCGACAGGAGCGGCAACAUUCUGAGUUGAUACAUGGCGUGGAAACUUUUAAGGCAGAUCAAUUGAAGCACGCAGACACGAAAGAGAAGAUUGUGUUGCCUAACGCCAAAGACGUCGCAGCGGAGAAGACCCAGCAAACAUUGAUCGCCGGCAUCGAAAAGUUUGACACUGCAAGUCUGAAGCACACCGAGACGCAGGAAAAGAACCCGUUACCCGAUAAAGAUGCGAUCCAGCAAGAAAAAGGGAAGCAACAAUUAAUCUCCGGUAUCGAAAAUUUCGAUCCAGCGAAAUUGAAACAUGCGGAAACCCUCGAGAAAAAUCCUCUGCCCACCAAAGAAGCGAUCGAUGCCGAAAAGAUAGCUGCUUAAAAAGCUGCCACACGAAAUCGAAGGAAAGGAACGGGGACGGCACGACUCGUCGCUUCUUCCAAUUUCUAUAUCCGUGACAUUUUAUAACAAUUAUUCAUACAUUGCCAAGGAAAAAAAGCGCGAAUGCGAAGCACUAUAUUAGUCGUAAUGCUAUGAUUAUAUUCUUAUUCUAUCGCCAUUUUUCGGCGUUCUUCUUUUGGCGAGAUCAGAAAACUUUUGAUAAAAAACGUGUAAUGUUUGAAUCACGUAGCCGAUGACGAUACCGCUGUUGCUUGUCCUACCUUGGUACUAAGCCGCCUCAAAAGACAAUUUGACAACGAUUAGGCAAUGACAAGAAUGAGAGCAAACUUUCACACAGCUCUUGUAAGUUUCUCUAAUUUGCCUUCUCGUUACAUCUACUCUUUGUUUUGUUGCUAAACGCGUGACAAAUAAUACAUUGUCCAAAUAAUCGGAUACGGCUACUUAGAGAGAGAAAGACUUAUGGCAAGAAAAAGAUUAGUAAAUGUAGCGAGUUAGAAAUUCUGUUAUUUACAAAACAGGGACGAUGAUCCAAUUCGACAGAUCGCGAAACGUUGCACGGAAUCGUCAUCUCCUCGCCGGAGAAUGUAGUUUUUUUAUAUCGAAAGAACUGUACGCGCGAAUAUAUUCAUUAUUUUCAAUAUAACAA